CUCAGACUAAGAUCCAUCAUCGUCUUCUGGACCAGGUACCUGGCUUCCCUACGCGGCCACGUGGCUGCCGUUUACCAGAUUGCGUGGUCAGCUGACAGCCGGCUCCUGGUCAGCGGCAGCAGUGACAGCACACUGAAGGUGUGGGAUGUGAAGGCCCAGAAGCUGGCCAUGGACCUGCCCGGCCACGCGGAUGAGGUAUAUGCUGUUGACUGGAGUCCAGAUGGCCAGAGAGUGGCAAGUGGUGGGAAGGACAAAUGCCUCCGGAUAUGGAGGAGAUGAGAAGGCCUGCAGUUCUCUCUGACCCCCACCUGGACUCGGCCUCUGCCAGCCGCCUUUCCUUCCAGAGAACAAAGACUCGGGUGGCAGCGCACACACCCUUCCCACCAGUGGGGACCUGAGAAUGCGCGUGGCCUGCUGUCCUCGACAGACCCGAGUGGGGUCUUCCCACAGAUCCCCUGCUUGUGGCACACCCCAGAGCCAGAAAUCGAAGGUCACAGGAAGUUGUCACCGAACUUGGCCUGUGUCUGCUACUCUAUACCUUACUGGUACAGACGGGGGUGGUGGGCGGCCAGGCUCUGUGAGUGGGCUGCUAGUGUCAACUCUGUACAGGGUCAGACCCCAGGUUCUAUGACCAAAUAAAUAACUUAUGUUUUGUGUGUUGGGUUCUAAUUCCUUGUCCUAGAAUCCCCAGAACUCAAUCAAGGACUGUGCUAAAUCAGAUUGUCCAGCCCCCUCCCUUGCACUGGACUACGCCAAAACCACACUGACCAGGCACUUGCCUUCCCUGUCUUCCCCCGUGUCGGUAAGAGAGAGGCCAGUCGUGAUCGUGGCCAAGGAGAAUCUAGGGCUGUAUUGUUGUCCACUGCAGUAGGCACCGGCCAUAUGUGGCUGCUGGCAUGAAAUAGAAGUGCAGUUCCUCUGCCACACGGGGUAAGGCCUCCAGUAUUGGAUAGCACACGGAAAGGUUUUCGUCAUUAAGAGGGUUCUGCUGGCCAGCCCUGCUCUAGGGGACACCUCUGCCUUCCCGUAGCACACUGCCUGAGGCCCUGCCAGGCACCAAGCACUUCCCUGGGCCCUCAGGAUAGAGCGGGGAAGGUGAUGGUUCUUCCAGAGGAUUCCCUCAGAUGGGGAGGCAGCAGUAAGCUCUGAGCCCAAGUGGGUAUGGUUGAUAACAGAGGAUAGUUCUCUGCCACAUGAGAACUUUCAAGUAAUGAAAGGAAUUCCCAUCAGGACUCAGACCGCAGGCCGAGAUCUUGCCCUGCAUGCACCCUGCCUCCGCUUUCUCCUGCAUCCCAUGCUAAGCUGGGUCAUGGUAUGAACUACUCAGAUUGGAUUUCCAAACCAUCCUUGUAUAAACUGCUCAGAACUAG